AUGUGGGUCAGGACGACACUGAGGAUUGAAAGGUGGACUAAGGAAAAAACUGAGGACGAAACCAGCUCGUGGGACGAGAGCAGCACUGAUAUAAACAGGUUGCCCAGCUGGGGGAGAGGACAUCUGCUUGCUAGUGUGGCAUCCAGCACAGAUGCUUCUACUUUAUCCUCUGAAGGUGAAUUCAAGAACGCUGACAGGUGCUGCUGGAAACACAAGUGUGCCAGGCACAUCGUCCACCCCUUCUCCUCUGACUGUGUCCACCACGACGUGCACCUGCACUCUCUCAGCCACUGUGACUGUGACUCGAGGCUGAAGGACUGCUCAGAGAAGACGAAUAGCAGCUCUGGAGAUGUGGGCCCAACCUGCUCCCGAGACGUGGACUCAACCUGUUUUGACAUCAUCCAGUCCCCAUGCUUUGAGCUCAUCCCAGAGGAAGAGUGUGUGGAGCGGUUCUGGUAUGGCUGGUGCAAGAGCUACAGGCCUGUCUCCGUGGCAGUGAUCCACCAUCCCAUCCACCAUGAGUGUGGCACAGAUGACUUAAACCAAGAGGAAGAGGAGGAGGAAGAGGAGGAAAGCAAGCCUCCCAUCCCGACCCAGGUGGUGCCCACCACCACCCCCACCGACACAGGCAUGAGCAUGAUCACGGGUGCCCCUGACUCAGCAGCUCCCAUCACCAUCUGGCGUUCCGAAAGCCCCACUGGGAAGUCCCAGGGCAACAGGGUGAUCAAGAAGAUAAAGAAGAAAAAAGAGAAAGACAAGGAGGAGGAGACAGACGAAAAGGAAAAGGCAAAGGUGAAGAAAAAAGUCAAGAAGGGCAAGCUGACGAAGAAGAAAAGCCCAGUUAAAUCAGAAUCACCUCCGGACUUAAGCCGAUCGUUAAGCCCAAGAGAGCUGGCCAGGAUGUCAGAGUCCAGCCCAGACAGCCGGCAAGAUCUGGAGAGUGAGGACAGUUACAAUGACCCUGGGCGGGAGGAACCCUCCAGCGAGGAUAUUGUGGAGUCUUCAUCACCCAGGAAGAGAGAGAAGAAUGGGGUCCAGGUCAAGAAGCCCGGCUUGAAGACCUCGCCAGUCAAGAAGGUCAACAAGAGGCGAUCUCCCCCAGCAUCAAACCCCAAUCUCAGUUGA